CUAGUUGGAAGAGUCCCCUGUUCUUGUGGGCUGGACUAAACCGGUCCCGCUUUGGGCUCAGAGGCACUGAGGAUGAGAUCCUUGAAGCCUGUUGUUUGUGUUUCACCAGAGAGGACUGAGAAACGUCGGGUCUGAUUUCCCAACAGCUCAUAUUUGGUCCAAAAGAAACCAGAGAGGUCAGAAUUUAUGGAGCAGAAAAGCCAUCUGCCUUCAGAUGAUGUGGGGGGACUUUCAGUCAUCAUUAGUCGUGCUCUAGUGAAGAUCCAGGAUGCUGUUGCCAUAGCGAUUCUAGAGGCACGUCGGAGACUUUUACAGGGCUUCACCAUCUUCUCCAUCGUACUUCUGCUCCUCAGUGUUGCUGCUUUUCUCUACGGGAGCUUCUACUACUCCUACAUGCCCAGGGCAGCCUUCUCCACACCUGUGCACUAUUACUACAGGACAGAUUGUGAAUCUCUAUCUUCCUUUUUGUGCUCUCACCCUGUCUCCAACGUCUCUUUGAUGAGAGACAAGAAACAUGCGCUGACCUUUGGCCAGAUUUAUCGGAUCUAUUUGCAGCUGGAGAUGCCUGAUUCUCCAACCAACCAGCAGGUGGGGAUGUUCAUGAUAAAGAUGGCCUGCUUCUCCCAGGAUGGAGAGCAAGUUGCAACAUCUGCUCGCUCUGCAAGCCAGCUGCAAAAGGCCUCCAGCUCCCGCAUUGGCAUGCUGCGCUACCAGUCAGACCUGCUGAAGACUCUGGGGAUGCUGCUGUUCCUCCCAAUGUUUCUGAGCGGCGCAGCUGAGCAGAAACAGGUCCUGGAGGUGGAGCUCUUCUCAGAAUACACAGACGACCCUUACUCUCCGUCAGUCACAGCGGUCAUUGAGAUAAUGUCCAGCACGAUCCAGAUCUACUCCUCCCAGCUCUACAUCCACGCUCAUUUCACUGGCAUAAGAUAUUUGCUGUUCUACUUUCCCGUCCUGUCGGCCAUUGUGGGUGUGCUAAGUAACUUCAUCUUCCUCAGCUUCCUCUUCAUCCUGAGCUACACGAGGCAGCUGUUCAAAGUGGAGCAGACACCUGAACAGGUGAUGACAGAUGAUCAUCUCGAGUUGGUGGAGAACAGAAACCACAAGCUGCAGGAUGGAAAUGCAGCUGCUGCAAAUCCUGCAGAGCUGCUUGGUCCCCUGCAGACUGAUCCCUCAGACCUGAGCCAAGAGGAGUCCCAUCUCCAAUUUGGCAACACCACAGAGCCACAGAACUGAAAAAUGCAUGUUCAGGGUGGAACAAAUGAUUCUGAGGCGCCUGGUGAAGGACAAGAGAGAGAAUGCAGAAAGUGGUCUGUGAAGCCUGAAAGGAUUAAGAUGAUGUUUUAACUUUAUAGCCACAAAACCCUGUGUAUCCUGGAGUCUCUGACUAGUAAACUUUCUUCUUCA